UAUGUAAUGUGAACAGCUGUGCGAGAAGCAUACUGGAACCAUGUUAAGUCAAACCCUCCGCCGAUUCGCUGGAGUUUCCUCCCGAAAUCUGACUCAACUGACGCCCACGACCAGCAGCCUGGGACAGAUCCUGUCCAGAGCCACCAUGUCACAGGAGGCGGGCCAGUAUCCGCCCAUCGAGUUCGCCAUGCGCAAGGCAUUGACCACGGAACUGAAGCCGGUGUUCCUGGAGGUCAUCAACGAAUCGCCCCAGCACAAUGUGCCCAAGCGGUCGGAGUCCCACUUCCGGGUGUUCGUGGUCUCGGAAAAGUUCAACGAUCUGACCCUCAUCAAGCGCCAUCGACUGGUCAAUGACACGGUGAAGAACGCCCUGAAGGCAGCCGGAUUCGAGUUCAUGCAUGCCCUGUCCAUCGAGGCCAAGACGCCCAAGCAGUGGGAGCCCGAACAGGAGCCGGAGAAGAGUCCGCCGUGCCUGGGUGGCCAUGGCAAGUAAAGCCCAGACCAGAACUCAAUACCAUGUACAAAGGACCUACUUUACUACUCGCAAAACCAGCUUAAGCAAAUACAACAAAAUCACCAAUGGAAA